CCGGGGAGCCGGAGGAGGCGCCGGCCGCUGGGAGCCGAGCGCCGGAGCCUGAGGCGGCCGGAGCGCAGGCUGAAGCCGCCACGGUCAGAGACAAUUGCUGCAGAAAGAUAGUGACUGUUUCUAAGACAACAAACAUUGGGGGACCAGGCUGAAGGACUGACAGAAAGCAUCCAGCCACCUAAAUGACUGAUAAUGGUCUCCAGUUGUCAAAGAAGAUUGUGGAUGCUAGGAGAAAGGUAACUGUUUCUCAUCCCUCGAGUGUACCUGGAUUCCUCCUGGAGCCCACAGUGGCUAGUAGUAGACAUGGCGGAGUUUGCGAGCUACAAGGAUUCAGCCUCCAGCCGCCACUUGCGGUUUAAGUUACAAAGCCUAAGCCGCCGCCUGGAUGAGUUGGAGGAAGCCACCAAAAACCUCCAGAAAGCGGAGGAUGAGCUGCUGGAUCUCCAGGACAAAGUAAUCCAGGCGGAAGGCAGCAACUCCAGCAUGCUGGCUGAGAUUGAAGUCCUGCGCCAGCGGGUGCUGAAGAUUGAAGGUAAAGAUGAAGAGAUCAAGAGAGCAGAGGACCUGUGUCAUCUGAUGAAGGAGAAGCUGGAGGAGGAGGAAAACCUCACCCGGGAGCUGAAAGCUGAGAUUGAACGGCUGCAGAAAAGAAUGGCUGAGUUGGAGAAGCUAGAGGAAGCCUUCAGCAGGAGCAAGAAUGACUGUACUCAGCUUUGUCUGAGCCUCAAUGAGGAGAGAAAUCUGACCAAGAAAAUCUCCUCUGAGCUGGAAAUGCUCCGAGUCAAAGUGAAGGAACUGGAAUCUUCCGAGGACCGCCUGGAUAAAACUGAGCAGAGCCUGGUGUCAGAGUUGGAGAAACUGAAAUCCUUAACGCUGAGCUUUGUAAGUGAGAGAAAGUACUUGAGUGAAAAAGAGAAAGAAAACGAGAGGCUGAUAAAAGAGCUCACUCAAAAACUGGAGCAGAAUAAGAAAAUGAGCCGAGAGUACACAAGGAACGCCUCUAAUCUCCUAGAAAGGAACGACCUGCGGAUCGAGGACGGCAUCUCGUCCACACUGCCGUGCAAGGAGUCCAGAAGGAAGGGCGCGCUGGACUAUCUAAAGCAGGCCGAGAACGAAACAAGAAACAAAUCCGAAAACGAGAAGAACCGGAAUCAGGAAGACAACAAAGUCAAAGACCUGAACCAAGAGAUUGAGAAACUUAAGACCCAAAUUAAACAUUUUGAAUCUUUGGAAGAAGAGCUUAAGAAAAUGAGGGCCAGAAAUAAUGACCUUCAGGAUAAUUACCUAAGUGAGCAAAAUAAAAACAAAAUCUUAGCCAGUCAAUUGGAAGAGAUAAAGCUACAAAUCAAGAAGCAGAAAGAGUUAGAGAAUGGGGAGGUGGAAGGGGAAGAAGCUUUCACAGCCAGUAAAGGCCGGCAUGAGAGGACUAAGUUUAGAGGCCACGGGGGCGAGACCCCUGCGUCCAGGCACGUGGCUCGGGAGCUGUCUCCUCAGCACAAGCGAGAAAGGCUCCGGAACCGCGACUUUGCCCUCAAUAAUGAAAACUAUUCUUUGAGCAACAGGCAGGCUUCCUCUCCCAGCCUGGCCAGCAGGAGGGCAGCCAAAGCUUCCAACUCGGGGGCAGACAGCGGGACUCUGGAGACCAAGAGAACCGAGGACCGAGGUGAAGGGAAGAAGGCCAGGGAGCAGCCGCCAGUGCUCAGCCGCUACCCCCCUGCCGCUCAGGAGCACAAUAAGGUUUGGAAGGGAACUUCCAAGCCAGGGACUGAAAGCGGACUGAAGGGAAAAGUAGAGAAGACAACGCGGACAUUUGGUGACUCCACUCAUGCAUCUGUUCCCAAUGACACUUCGAGUAGAGCUGAGAAGGCCUCUGAUGCCCCGAGUGAAGCGCACUUUGGCAAGAGGGCCCAGGCGCUUGGCAAUGGAAGUCAGGCGCCUCAGGCCGCAGAUGCCGGCUGUUCUAAGACUGCCAGUGCUCUGGCGUCAUCUCGAAGAUCCUCCUCAGAAGGGCUGGCAAAGGGCAAAAAGGCUACCAAUGGUCUGGAGGCGGAUGCCAAUUCCCCCAAUGCCAAGGCUCCUAUUUUAUCAAAGUACCCUUACAGCUCCCGGAGCCAGGAGAGCAUCCUUCAGGGCUUCUCCGCCCCACACAGAGAAGGCACUGAGCAGCCGGUAGCCGUGGUGACGGAGGACAGUAGUCAGCACGAAGCCCUGCGGUGUCGUGUCGUCAAGUACAGUGGCAGAGGGAAGCCAGACUCAGAUGACGACCUGGACGCGACAUCGCUGGUCACCGCCAAGCUGGUCAAUACAACUAUCACUCCAGAGCCGGAGCCCAAACUCACGCCCAACUCUCGAGACAAGGCCAGAUCCCGUGGGGGCGCCAGAACCUUGCUAUUCGAGAACGAAAACAAUGCCGGGGUAGAAAAUGAACCUGGGAAACCUGUCAGGGCCUCCACCAAUGCCACAGAAUUCCAGGACACCAAUGGGGCCGGGGGCAAAAGCCAAAGGCCUUUUAGUCCCAGAGAGGCUUUGCGGUCCCGAGCAGUCAUCAAACCUGUUAUCAUUGAUAAGGAUGUGAAAAAGAUCAUGGGAGGAUCGGGGACGGAGGCUGUGUUGGAGAAACAGAAACCCAGCUCCAAACCAGGGUCCAACACAGUGACCAGCAGCAUUACCAUUUACCCUUGCGACAGCAACCCUCGGGGCGGCCCUGGGGAGAGGCACACAGCCACCAGCAACAUCCAGGUGGCGUCCCCAGACCUCGCAGCUAGUAGCAACCAUGUGAGUUCCCCUUUUGAGCUCUCCAUUCACAAACACGACCUCACCUUGCAGCUUGCUGAAGCCGAAAGGGUGGGAGAUGGCGCCGCAAAGACAAGGCUGGAAACGGUGGUGUCUCGCAGCAGCAUUCUGAUCAAGCCCUCGGAUCCGGUGGAGAGAAAUAGCCAUAGCUCCUCUGCGGAGACAAUCAGGUGGAAAAGCCAUAGCGCCCCCUCAGAGGUGGGCUCCUCGGACGCCAGGCACGUGACGGUGCGCAGCGCCUGGAAGAGCAAGUGGGACCCAAAGUCCUCAGAAGAUGCCUCGCCUCGAGCAGGAAGAAACAUGGAGGCUCCCAACGCCUAUACCCAGAGGUCGUCCACAGACUUCUCAGAACUGGAGCCGCCCCAGGGCUCGCUUUCGGAGCAGGGCUUGCGAAGGGUAGGAAAUGCGGGCGAUGCCCUCGAGCUCUCCUCCAGAAGGACCCAAAGUAGCCUGACUGUGUCAGAGGUGCUCACCCGGCGGAACCGGGCAGGAGGCGCGGUCACGGCUGUGGCGUGGAGCCACUCGGCGGGCCUGGAGGAAGGUGAGGACUGCAUGCUCGGUGUGUGCAGGCGAGCGCACAACUCCUUGGAGCAGCCUGAACUGCCGGGGAAGCAGGGGCUGCCGGAGCCGGGCCGCAUCCGGGCUGAGGAGCGGCUACGGCCAGCCAGGCCUUGUGCCGAGGAGAACUGAAGCCGGGGGCGGGCUGCUGUCUCUCGCUGCUCCUGCUUCUCAGCUUCCCCACCUUCUGCCCUGUGAAAGGUCUGGAGCCAGUUCACCAGGCCACACAAGGCCUUGGCUGGGAGACUGGUAGAAAGCUGGGCUUUGUGGCUCUGGUAAUUUUUGCCAUUUGGCUGGCUGGAGGGGACGAGAGACGACAAACUGGACUACCCAUGCCCAGCCUUCCUUGAUGCAUGAGUCCUCUCCUCCCCUUCUCCAAGGAGCAUGGACAGCUGUGGCCUCCAGUAGCAGUUCUCCACUGUGUAGUCAGAGCACUCUUGUCUGCUCCUUGGUGGGGUUCUGUAUCAUGGAGCAGCCUCUUCUCUGUGUGGCUCAUGCUGAUUCUGUCUCCUCACCGCAUCCACAUGGCUCCUUGUUUGCCCCAGGGGUUCAGCUACCCACUCCCAGUUCCCAGCUAUCAACUCCAGAGAGGGGGCGUCCAUUUCUUCUUUAACUUCCAUUCCUCAGACUUUGAAGGCAGCAGGGGUCUGUGCUGCCUCCCAGGGGUUACAAGACCACCCUUAGGUUGAAACUUCUCGGCCUCGGCCCCCUGGCUGGCCUGUUCCUGGGGGCAGAGCAUGUAGAUGCCCAAUGGAUUAACACCGUUCCUCUCCACCCCAGCUCACUGCUCACCAUCCAAAGGCACCAGAAGUGCACAUGCCCCAUGCAUCUCCCUGGGCAUCAGUAAUGCGGCUGGCCUCAUCUGCACAUGCUCCUGUGGCUAGACUUCAUCGCUCCCACCUUGGGGAACUCAGACUAAGCUGGGCCUUACCGGCAUACUCUGCCUUCUAGGAAGUGGCCAGUAAGGAGGAAAUCAGACAGGAACAAGUGAAUUCCCUUUGGCCACUCCACAAGCAAUAGUUUUGCAAAAGGCAUGGACUGCGACUGCUCCCUCCUGGACACCGGUGACC